GAAGUCAGUGGCAUCGUCCAGAUAUGGCGACCUUUGGUAUCUUUAGCAGGGCAUCGAGAGUACUUACUUUGAGAACGCCGUCACCUGUACUACGCUUACACCGAGCCAUGUCCAGUUUACUGAUAGAAGACUCCAAAUACUCCUGGCUCAAGGACUUGGGUCUGUCAUCAUCCAACAAUGGCGUCUAUUACGGCAAAUGGGGUGGAUCGGGAGAGGAAACAACUUCAUAUUGUCCAGCAAACAAACAGCCCAUUGCCAAGGUCACUCAGGCAAGCCCUGCUGACUAUGAGAAGGCCAUUCAAGCAGCCAAAGAAGCUUGGAAUGUUUGGGCUGAUGUGCCAGCACCACAGAGAGGAGAAGUUGUACGACAGAUGGGUGAAGCUCUGAGGAAACACAAGAACGCCCUUGGAAAAUUGGAGGCCCUUGAGGUGGGUAAGAUUCUAGCAGAAGGUGAAGGAGAAGUCCAGGAAUAUAUUGACAUCAUUGACUAUGCUGUGGGACUGUCCAGAAUGUUUGCAGGACAUAUCUUUCAGUCAGAACGUCCCAACCACAUGUUGAUGGAGCAAUGGAACCCUUUGGGAGUGGUAGGAGCCAUUACUGCCUUUAACUUCCCUGUGGCUGUAUAUGGAUGGAAUUCCUCUAUUGCACUUGUGUGUGGAAACACCAUGUUAUGGAAGGGAGCACCUACAACACCCCUGGUCAGCGUAGCUGUCACAAAAAUUUUAUCAUCCGUACUUGAAGCCAACAACCUACCAGGAGCCAUCUGUUCAUUAGUGCAAGGAGGUGCAGACAUUGGAACGCUGAUGGCCCAAGAUACCAGAAUCAACCUUCUCUCUUUCACUGGUAGUACUCCAGUUGGCCACAAAGUGUCUCUGAUGGUUCAGGAAAGAUUUGGAAAGUUUCUGUUAGAGUUGGGAGGAAACAAUGCAUUAAUAGUAAAUGAGGAUGCUGAUAUAGAGAUGGUUGUACGCUCAGCCUUGUUUGCCUGUGCUGGAACUGCUGGUCAGAGAUGUACCACUACCAGACGACUCAUGUUACACGAGAAAGUACAUGAUGAAGUGGUGGGCAGAUUGGUGAAGGCUUAUGGUCAGUUAAGGGUCGGGGACCCACUAGAAGCUGAAACUCUUUACGGUCCAAUGCACAGCCAACAAGGUGUUGAUCAGUACCUUAAUGCUGUGUCAGAGGCCAAGGAACAAGGCGGCAAUGUGGCAUAUGGAGGAAAGGUGAUGGAUCGCCCCGGUCACUUCGUUGAACCGACCAUCAUCACAGGGCUGGCUCACGAUGCUCCCAUUGUACACAAGGAAACCUUCGCUCCUGUUGUUCAUGUCAUCAAGUUCUCGAAUCUGGACGAUGCAAUGAAAUGGAACAACGAAGUGAAACAAGGUCUUACCAGCAGCUUGUUCACUAAGGAUCUCACCAAUAUUUACAAAUGGAUUGGACCAAAGGGAUCCGACUGUGGUAUUGUGAACGUUAACAUUCCGACAAGUGGUGCUGAAAUUGGGGGAGCUUUCGGAGGUGAGAAGCACACAGGAGGUGGGCGCGAGUCUGGUAGCGACGCAUGGAAACAGUACAUGAGGAGAUCAACUUGUACGAUCAACUGUGGAAAAGAGCUGCCAUUAGCCCAAGGAAUCAAGUUUGAGUAAACCAAAGUGACUGCAAUGACUUUUUAUGUUCAAGAAGAUUAUAAUUACUGAAUCCAAUCACUAGUCCAUACAAGCAGAUGACAGUAUUAUGGAAUUGACAGGAGUCAAAUUGAUAUUUCGUCAGUCUCAUGUGAUGAAAAAUAAUAGUGGAAUGUUUAAUGUAUAAACUGUUUACAUUGUCAGAUCUAAAACCAGGAUGCAAAAAGAUGAAAUAUCAAAAAUGAAAAAAUGGACGAUUCCAUGUCAGAUUGCAUUUAGUACUGGGAGAGAAAUACUCAGCAUAUCAGGUCAUAUAUGUAGCGUUAUGGUUGAUGGAAUCACAUGCACAUGUGUAUACAGAUUUUGUUUGAAUAUAUUUUUUUGAUGCUAUUACUAAUUCAGAAAGGAGGAUUCCACUAAUAAUGAAAUGAUUGAAUACUUGUAUAUUUUGUAAUUAUUUCUAUGCAGGUACAUGAUUAUCUGUUUGGAACUAAUUUUAAAACAAAUUUUACAUAAUUAACCAGAUUUUCCCCUCGCACUUAGGCAACAACAAAACCCUAAUCAUCAUUUUAAAUUUUGACUGGUGAUUAUUACUCCUAUACAUAAUCAGUGUUGAAUAAUUUGAAAGUAGUAUUUAACCAAGACAUAAUCACCAGUGUUAAAUGAAUGAUUACAUAAUCAGUGUUGAAUAAUUUGAAAGUGACAUAAUCAGUGUUAAAUGAAUGAUUUGUAAACAGCAUUUAAACUGUAUUUUACUGUCAUCUUAGACUUCCUGUUAAUUGCUAUUUGUACAUGCAAUGAUUUUGGAUUUACAUUACACUGUAGACAUAUAAAAUGUUUUCUACUUUAGGUUUGCCAAAUUAGUAUAACUAAGUCAGACACUUAUACACUUUGUACAUUAUUUUGUGUGUAUUUUGUGUAUUAAGUCGGGUUGUAGCCUGGUUUGUUAGUGAAUCUCUAGAUAUUAUAUCAUGUUUACGUGUGGUAGUUGAUAUCAUUAUAUUGUGCUAAUUGAGUCUCAUGAAAUGUUAUCAGAAAAUAUUGUUCACUCAAGAUAUUUUUUCUUCAUGUUAAACAGUAUCCUCGUAUAUAUUUGUUCUUUUCAUGAAAAGUGCUGUAGCCUCUGCCAAGGCUAAUAAAAACUGUGUGAUAUAUAUAUGUGAUAAUAAGAUGGAUUCUUAUUAAAAUGCUGCAGUUGCAUAAACUU